AUAUAGUGUACUAUCGAGCACAUCCUCUGCGAUAUAGCAGAGGUAAAACGUUAUGGCGACCAUGGCCAAGGCGACCACUAUUGCCCUACUGGUAGCCGCUUGCUUCUGCGUAGCUCUCGCUAGGGAUAACGCUGUUAGGACAAAUGCCCGGCGACUUGCUCUCGCUGGAAUGAAAACCCCAGUGGGAUGGUGGUACACGCUGAAGACAAAGUCAGGCAUGUUCUGUGGUCUGCGGGACUUCCCUCCGAAGCCUGAUGGUUACGGCUCAUCUCGCCUGUACUGCAUCUUUCCGACGUACGACCACUAUUGGAUGUGGCGCGUGACUAAGGUGAACGACACAGGCGCUCUGACCAGCGGUGACGAGGUCUACCUCACCGUUUACCAACCGAUGCUGCCGUACUGCAAGGUAUCUUCCGGUAUCGUCGUCUGCGGUGUUGGUGCAAGUGCCGCUACCAAGUUUGUGAUUGAGAAGGAGACCGGCAAGGGCGCCAUCAACCUCACCACCGACGCUGUGUACCUGAAGUCGGCUACGAAGUACUGCAGCCUGACGGGCAAGAACCACUCGCAAGUGCUGCAGUGCGACAAGACGGCCAAGAGCUCGGGCACCGCCUUCCUGCUGCCUGCCAGCGCCUACACCGCGGCGGCACUGGUGAACGGCUACACGGAGUACCCCUGCGGCGGCGACUUUUACCCCGAUAAUGACCCCUCCAACAUCACCUGCGGGAUCUUCAACGCCCCCGGCUUUGUCGUCAACAUGACCGUGGCCCUGGGCACGCCGGGAGCCCCAGUCAUCAAGACGGGCACCAAUGUGACAUUCAAGGCGUACGACGAUCUGUAUAGGUACCAUAUGUCUCAGUUCAAGGUCAACAAGCAAACCAAGCGGAUGUACUUUGAGGUUGACAACCCUGCUGGCGCCAACCAGUGGUUUCAAAUGGUGCUUCUAACCAACUCCUCAACCACCGCUUCCGUACCACUCACCAACGGUACCAUGGUCGCCCUCAAGAGCGCAGUGACUGGCCAGUACUGCGGUUUGACGGUCGCUGCCGGCUCCCUGAGCUGCAACAUGACGGGUCAUGCGGCCGCCCUGCCCGCGGGAUACACGUACCGCUUCAUGGACGGCGGCUGGCCAAUGAAGGAGGGUACGACAGCUACUUGGGACAAGGUAGCCUCUGGUAAGGCAUGAGCUUCUUACCAGAUGGUAGGUUAUGGCGCAUGGUUUGAAAGUGGGGUUGUAAGAGCUGGAUAAGGGUAAGGCUGCAGUGGAAGAGAUUUGACUUGGAAAGGUGAGACGAUUGAGGCCUGAGUGUGAUUCGCAGGCAAAGCGAGGGGUUUGGGGGAAGGCAGGAUGAAGAACAACAGUGACACAAGCAGGGUGCAAGAUCAACGAAAGACGAAAAGGUGCACGAAGUUGCAAGUAUACGGCAAGCAGUCACAGCUGAAACAGGG